CCAAAACACAUUCUAAUCCUUUGAUGAAACCAAAUUCAGAUUACAUAUUUUCUUGAUUUGAUUCGUUCAAAUUUUUGUUACAAUGGACAGGAGAACAUUAACCAUGAAUUGGGAUGGUCUCGGAGAGGAUGAUGAUGAUGAUGACAGGUUCUUUGAAACCUACCAAAGAAUAUCAUCGGCUGUUCCCGUCGAUUUAGCCUCCUCCGGUUCCGACGAUGAUGAUGGGUUUGAGGAUGGCCGGAUGUCGUUUGUCUCCGCCGUCUCCUCCCUCUCCGUCAAACCAAUCCACAACCUUGACAUGGAGGCGAAACCGUCCAUUAUGGCCAGCUAUGACAUGUGGAUGGCGGAACCCGGCGACAUUAAGGAGCGGAGGAAGCGUCUUUUGAAAGGCAUGGGGUUGGCAAGCAAUAAGGACCUUGUAAAACUCGCCAGCCCCAAGUUUGUCCGGGCCAUUUCAAGCGGCGGUGGUCGAGUUUCUACGUCGAAUGUUGAUUCUUCGCCAUCGGAGGAAUUAAAAGUAGACGAACCUUCGCCUUCAACGCCGAAUUUGCUCGUCAGGUCGAGAUCAGAUAGUGAUAUAGAUGCUUUUUCUGCAAGAACUAAACAACGUAAAGAAGAAUUAAUUGGUCCAGUAUCGAAACAGCGUUUAACUAGAACAUCAUCUGGGCAAUUGGUACCAAUUACAGGUUUAUGUCCAUACGCAAAUUCUAUCAGAAUAUCACCAAAAAGACCUAGAAACAGAUCUUCAAUGCCAGGUAGUGAUGCAUUACAAUCAGUAUUUUCUAAUGCUGGGUUGGGUUCCUUCUUCUUGAUUAAGAAUUUAGAUACCGGAAAAGAAUUCAUUGUGAAAGAGGCUAAUGAAGAAGGAAUGUGGAAUAAACUCAGCGAGGUUCAAACAGGGAAACAACUUACAAUGGAGGAAUUUGAAAAGUCUGUCGGGUAUUCACCGGUAGUGAAGGAGUUAAUGCAACGUGCAAACGUCUCGACACAUUUGGAUUACGGCCCAAAAAUCCAUGCGAAUUCAUAUUUUUCAAAGAGUUUCAGAAAUAGCAAGAGAAGGGGUGUUGCGUUUUUAAAAGGCGUAGCAAAUUCCAUGAGUGGAUUAAUUGUAGACAAAGAAAGAGAGCACAUUUCACCAGUGGCACAGAGAGCUAACAAGAAUUCAUCUCAAUGGGUAAAAGUGCGCCAACAUGGGAAAUCCUACAAGGAAUUCACAGCAUUGCAUUUGUCACAAGAAAUUCAAGCUCAUGAAGGAUCAAUAUGGACUAUUAAAUUUAGUUGGGAUUCGCGUUUUCUAGCAAGCGCCGGUGAAGAUAGGAUAAUUCGUGUGUGGGAAGUGCAGGAAUGUGAGGUUAGAUCACCUGAUGAUUUGAAUUCAUUUAGCGGCACAAUUUAUCAUCCGAUGGGCUGCUCAUUUUCAGAUCGACCUUCGCUUGCAGAGAUUAUGCCGAUGCCUUCAGAGAAGAGGAAAAAGGGGAGAAUCCACAAAAAAAAGGGCAACUCAAUUCCUGAUUAUGUAACCAUGCCGGAAACUGUAUUUGCACUUUCAGAAAAACCAAUAUGCAUUCUGAAUGGUCAUCAAGACGAUAUCUUGGAUCUCUCGUGGUCUAGAUCUCAGUUGUUACUUUCAUCUUCAAUGGACAAGACAGUGAGGCUGUGGGAUUUGGAGACUAGAAGCUGUUUGAAGAUGUUUGCACACAAUGACUACGUAACUUGCAUACAGUUCAAUCCAAUAGACGACGAUUACUUCAUCAGUGGUUCCCUCGAUGGAAAAGUUCGAGUAUGGAGCAUACCGGGGAGACAGGUUGUCGACUGGACUGACCUUCAUGAAAUGGUCACUGCAGCUUGCUACACUCCUGAUGGCAAGGGUGCUAUGAUUGGUUCACAUAAAGGGAGCUGUAGAUUGUACAGUAUUAAUGAUUGCAAAUUAGAGAAAAAGGAUCAAUAUGUUGUUCAGUCCAAGAAAAAGCCACAAUCCAAAAAAAUCACGGGUUUUCAGUUUUCCCCUUGGAACCCGGCUGAUGUCCUCGUUACAUCUGCUGAUUCACGGAUUCGCAUCUUCAGCGGAUCACAGCUAAUCCAAAAAUUUAGAGGAUUUCGGAAUACCAGCAGCCAAAUUUCAGCUUCGUUCAGUUCAGAUGGUAAAUAUGUCCUAAGUGCAAGUGAAGAUUCUCAUGUUUAUAUCUGGAAGCUCGAAGAAUCCAGAGGGAAAGGCAGAAGUAAGAUAACAGUCCUAGCUCACGAGCAUUUCCACAGCAAAGAAGUUUCAGUUGCAAUUCCAUGGAAUGGCAGCACGAAAAUUGAGCCACCAAUUGUAGAAGUACUCUCCAAAAGGCAUCAUUCAAAACGCUUCACAGGUCCACUGCCAUAUACCAUUAGUCGAUCUCCAAGCCGAGAAGACAAUGUGGUUAGUGCUAGUAGUAGAAGGCAUUUGCCUCCUCUCCCGAAGAAAAAAAACGCUGAAGUCGAGAGAAUUACGAGCCAUGCAGACGAAGAUUUUGUUCAAUCGGCUCGUAUAGACUCAGGAAUCGGUACAAGUGAAUCACUUGGCUCAUCAAUAAGAUAUGGUGAAUCACCUUCCAUUUCAGCUUCCGGGAACUCUCAUAUAUCUCAUUCUUUUUCCUUGUCCUCCUCCUCGUCCUCUUCAUGGUUUGAUGGUGGAACCAAUAGCCAUGGAGCUCAAACUGUACAAGCAACGGCAUGGGGAAUGGUAAUUGUAACAGCAGGUUUAGGAGGUGAAAUUAGGGUUUAUCAAAAUUUUGGGCUGCCUCUAAAAGUCAGUCGCCAAACCAAUCUCCUCAGAGACCUCACAUAAAGAAAACUAGGGAUGCUUGUUUCUUUUUAGAAGGGUGCUCCGAGUAGUGGGUACCUCGUAGGACCUUGACCCGCCUUCUCGGUUCUUCUAUGGAUAUACAGGAAUGAGUAUUCUUAGAUGUGCAUAGCGAUUGUGAUGGUUUACGAGAAUACAUUUCUUGUCAAGUCAUUUCGAGGUAACAUACUUAUCUUCAUCUCAUUGAAAGUAGGUAAAUCAUUCCCUAAAGGAAACAUUCCUCCUCCAUUUUGUACAAAAUUAGUUGUUUAGGAGUUGAAUUAAGUUAAUACACAUCUAGGUUUUUGUCUUCCUUUGUGAUGUCAAUGUCAA